AACGCCUUCAUUCUUUAGCCUUUAACAAACAAACAUUAGAUAGAAAGAUAUUCAAAGGUUUCUCCAAUUAGCGUGUUUUUCUUGUGUUCUUUCCUUGAGAGCAAACCGACUGGUGAUCAUGAACUCGACCAUGAAGCUUUAUAUGGUCUUGGUGGCUGUGCUAGCGACGACGAUGACAGUCGGCGCCGGCAGUGGCCAAGAAGCGCCCCCGGACACGACGUUCGGAUGCGAACGCGACUAUCCUAACGGAUACUGUGUGAUUGAAGGCAUCAAAGACAAAGACGGUCGAGCUAGACUUAAACAAAUGUUGCCGGCGAAUAUCGCGGACUCCAAAGCACCCCUGAAGAUGAACUGUAAUAAGAAGAUGUUCAAGGGUACGACUAUGUGGUGUUGUCCAGAAGGCAGUCUCCAAUGGUACGAUAAACCAAAACAUCUGACCGAUUCCGACGUGGAAGGGAUUUGUCAUGAACGUACUCCUGGUGGACCUCCCGGAUCUGAUGGCCAAUAAUUCGAUUUUCUUCAGUCUACUGAGUCCUACUCUGUCUAAUUCUCCACAGUCUACAUACCUUCC